UCUAUCUCUAACCACAGUUCGGGUUGCAACUUCUAUCCUGUCGGGGAAUAUCUGAAGUUCGUGAGAAUACCAGAGAACCUGGAAGUCGGUGAAGAAGUUCUGCAAGUUGAAGUACACCCGAGAAAAAACCUGGUCCUUCAGCCGGUAGACAGAGAGGAGGACGCCCACCUGUUCACAUAUCGCGACGUGAACAGAACACACGUGUCCGUGGUGCUUGCCCAGAGCGUGGACAACUUGGUGGACAGCGACACUCCGCAGAACGUGGUGAAAUUCCGCCUGGGCUGCGAUUUCGACACGGGCGAUGAUCUGAUAUCGGCAUAUCUGUCUGUCACGGUGUAUAUAGAAGACAUAAACGACAACGUGCCCAAGUUCCAGGACACGCCGUACCGCGUCACUGUGGAUGAGCUCACGCCUACAGGUCUCACAAUCUUCAAAGGCAUCCACGCCUUCGACCGCGAUAAACCCAACACGCCAAACUCAGACGUCCACUACAGCAUCACAGCUGGGGAUGAAGACGGUCGCUUUACCCUCGAGAGCUCGCAUAAACCAGCUCUCAUCGUCAGCAAGCCUCUGGACUUCGAUAGCGGAGACAAGGAGUUCCUUCUUGUCAUUACUGCUUUGGAUCGUGGUUCUCCGCCCCGUAGUUCCAACACCACCGUACAUAUUUUGGUGCAAGAUAACGAUGACCUGCCACCCAAAUUCACCCUUGAUGUCUAUAGAACUAGAAUAUCGGAAUUUUAUCCUAUACUUGGUAAAAAGAUCCACAAGGAGCUAUCAUUCGAGCAACCGAUACGGGCAUUCGAUCAGGACGCGGGAGUCGCGGCUCCUAUUCGAUAUGAACUGAUCUCUGGUAAUGAGCGUCGCUUGUUUCUCUUGAGUCCUUUAAACGGCAGCCUGUUUCUGGAAAAAGAAGUAGAUUUGGAUUCUGAACCUCCAUUGCCUGGUAACACAUUUGUGCUACAAAUUCAAGCGUCACAAGUGGACAAUGCGUUGAAGACGGCGUCAGCGCGAGUCGAAGUUGAGAUACUGGACUUGAAUGAUAAUCUCCCAGAGUUUGAAGUGGAUUUCUACAACAUCAGCAUAGUUGAAAAUUUGCCUAACGGAUUUAGCGUUUUGCAAGUUAUGGCGACGGAUAAAGAUCAAGGUGAUAAUGGAGAGUUUACAUAUCAACUGAAUGAUCCUAAAGGAGCCUUCUCUAUAGAUCCUAGAACAGGAUGGCUAACUGUUAGGAAUCAAACUGAACUUGAUCGAGAGCAACAUUCUUCGCUACGAAUGAAAGUAUACGCAAAAGAAAAGAAUUUGAGUAUCGUUGGAACAUUUCUAGACAAACAAAGGCUAUCAAAAUGGCACCGGAACCCCAAUAUAAGAGCUCCAGUUAAAGACAAAACAACAUACGUGUUUCCUGAUAAAUUAGGGACGAGUAAUGAGAAUAUUGAAUUUAUGGAAGAAACACAUCAGCUAAUGUCAUUUGUAACAGUAGAAGUAACUUUACUUGAUGCUAAUGACAAUAAUCCAGUUUUCAUACCAAGUAAUUUAUACGAAUUCUCUGUAAGAUUUGACGCUGAUAUUGGUUCAGAAAUCGGUAAAGUAAAAGCAGUUGAUCCAGAUCUAGGAAGAAACGGAAUAGUAUUAUAUGAUUUACAAAGGACAAGUAACUUGACUAUAACAUCUCCAUUUCAAGUAGAUGCUAAAUCUGGAAUAAUAACCCUGGUCGAGUCUCGUUUGUUAGAGGGAAGACACGCGCUUUUUAUUGAAGCAUCUGAUCAACCUGCAAAUCCAAGUGAGAGACGAUAUUCUUUAGCAGUUGUCACGAUUGAUGUCAUUGGAAAUCAAAAAGAUAAACCUAAUUUUAUAGGUGCGCCAUAUGAAUUUUGGGUUGGAUCCAACGUUGGAAUUGGAACAAGUGUCGGACAGGUAAAAGUAAAUGAUGUUUCAGUAAAAAGUGAUGUCACUUACGACUUGUUACAUGGAUAUGAGGAAGGAGUACCCUUUGCUGUAGAAGAAAGAUCAGGUGUUAUCACAGUUAUAAAUGAACUGUCUAAAUUUGAAAGGCCACUGUAUGACUUUGAAGCGGUAGCAAUACUAGAAAAGCAGAACAUUACAAUAACAACUAACGCAACUGUCCACGUGGUCGAUGUUAAUGACGAGAGAGGUGUCUUUUUGAAAGGAACGCAUUCGCCGUUUGUAUUUCAUGUCAAGGAAAAUGUAGCGGGUGCUACUAUAGGACACAUUUUUCCAGUAAACGUUAGUUCUUUUGCUACUAAUAGUGGGAAUAUUAAGUUCAUAAUUGCGAACCAACAAGACGUUGCUGAUGAAAUAGCUAUAGGACCAGAUGGCACUAUUUAUGCACAGAAAGCAUUAGACAGAGAAAAAAGGGACACAUACAGAAUGACAGUAAUUGCUGAGUUCAAUAAAGGUGUUAUCUCAGGAGCUGGGCUUUAUCAAAUCACAAUUCACGUAGACGAUGAGAAUGAUAACCCACCUAUUUUUGAAAUGCCGUCUUAUGAAGGUUUGAUCACUGAAAAUGCAAAAACAGGAACAGAACUCUCAAUGACAAAUAAAAUACGAGCUAAUGAUGCAGAUUCAGAUCAGAAUGCUGUAUUCAUGUAUACCAUUUUUGGUGAUGGACAUAAUCUGUUUAGUAUUAAUGAAGAAACAGGAAUAAUAUCAUAUAUUGGGAAUAAAUUAGAUAGGGAAGAGAAAAGUGUCUAUUUGUUGAAAAUUGUUGCUAGAGACAAAGGCAGUCUAAAGUCAGAAGCAAAGUUGACGAUCACUGUAUUAGAUGAAAAUGAUAACGCACCUAAAUUUAACCAAAUAAUAAUUCCAUUAGGGGAACCAGUAAAUUUGUUAGAAAUCGAUGAAUCCACAUCAAUAAAAAUAUACAAAGAGAUUUUAAAUAACGUGACUAACAACGUAAGUAAGGUUGAAGCUAAACCAAAAAAUAAAUUUCCAAUAACGGCAGAUUCCCCUCUGUUCAUCAUGCCAGAAAAUGUUGCGAUUGGAACGACAGUAUUAAAAUUAAAUGCUGUAGAUAUGGAUAGUGGCAUAAACGGACAAAUAAGGCAUGAAUUUACUUCAGAAGUAUUUCUGCCACCAUAUGCACUACCAGCAAAUUUAUUACAAGUUAAAAGAUAUUUUGUUAUAAACGAACGAUACGGGCAUAUUAUUGUGGCCCGAGCCUUGCCACCUGAAUCUGAGUUUCGAUUAAAUGUCACUGCAUUAGAUGGUGGGGAAUUAAGUGAUCAGGUUACUGUAAGAUUUUUUGUCAAAGACGUUAAUGAUCAUUUUCCAAUGUUCAAAAAAUCCUGGUACAACUUUAACGUGGAAGAAGCUCAGUACAGUAGAAGAAUUCUAGGUAAAGUUGAUGCAACAGAUGCCGAUUUUGGGCAAAAUGCAAACCUGACUUAUUAUAUCCAACCCUCAAGUAAAGACAUUCCUUUUGAAAUUUCACCUUUAAAUGGUGUUUUUAGUGUAAGUGGUGUUUUAGACAGAGAAAAAGAAGAUAAAUAUACAUUGACGGUAGUAGCACGUGAUAACGGAAAUGAUAAGAAACUGUCUUCUUCAGUAAGCGUUGAAAUUCAAGUAUUAGAUGUCAAUGAUAAUGCUCCAAAAUUCUUUGCGUAUGAUGAGUUAUUGGAAUGGAAACAUCCAGAAGCAGAUGAAAUUUCCAAUCACAACUUUGAAUCAGUUAUGAUGAUACCAGUAUACAAGGCAAAUUUAGAAGAAAACUCACCGAUUGGUACUACAGUAACUAGGGUUUAUGCAAAUGAUUCUGACUUUAUUGGUAAUGGAAAUGGUCUUAUUUUGUAUAGUUUACCACAGCGAAAAAAUCAACUUAACAUGUUCACCAUUGAUUCCAAAGAAGGCAUAUUGACAACUACAACAAGAUUGGAUUAUGAAAGUCAAAAAGUACAUAAUGUUACAGUAGUUGCUUCUGAUUUGGGAUCACCAAGUCUAAGCUCUACGGCUAUAAUUAUGUUAAACUUAAUAGAUAUACCAGACGAGAUUGAAGUUUCCGAUAAACCAGUAUUCAUAUCAAGGUAUUACGAAUUAGAAAUAGAGGAAAAUGUUCAUACCCCAGUCGAACUAGUGACAGUAAAUUUAACAGAAUAUUAUGAAAACUUUAAAAUGAAAUAUUUCAUUCAAAAUGAAAAUGACACAGAUAUAAAGAAAACAUUCAUCAUAGACCCACGCAAUGGUACAUUAUAUCUUAUUAAAAGUCCCGAUCGAGAAUACAGGGAUACAUAUGAAAUAAUAGUCAGGGUUGAAAGACAAAAGAUAAGUCGAGAGCUUCCUCACAUGAUCUAUCCAGUUUCUGAUGAUAUCCUUGAAGGGAUGUCCAAGUUUGAUGUUAAAGUAGUUGUAAGAAUCAAAGAUGUUAAUGACAAUGCGCCUAGGUUUAUAAAUGGUGGACGACCUAUGGUCACUGCUAUACCUACAACUGCACCUUUUGGCUAUGAAGUAAUUCAAUUGCAAGCAACAGACCCCGACAUGGGAAUCAAUGCAGACAUCCGCUACCAACUCAUCAACUCUGAAGGUAGUCGGUUUACAGUAGAGCCAGUAUCCGGCAGGGUGCGAGUUGCAGGCAGCGUGGCGCGCUCUGCUGGAAGGGUUCUGGGGUUUGAUGUUAAAGCGACUGAUAGACGCGGGGCUGAUGAUGGACGUUCAGCUAUUGUUAACGUUUUUGUAUACGUGCUGGAUGAAAACAAGCAACUAGUGAUGGUGAUAAGCGCAAAGCCGAUGGAAGUGGAAAAGGAGAUGGACAGUAUUAUGAAACAACUCUCCAACAUGACAGGCUUCGACGUCAGAGUUAGGCGCCUGGAGUCAAGUGGAAAAACUGCCAUGGAUGGUUAUGCGACGGAUAUGUACAUUUACGCUGUUGAUCCUAUUUCUAAUUCUAUCAUCGAUAUGGAGGUCCUACAAAAAUCAUUAAUGAAAAGAGAUACCUCCCUCCGGCAUAAUUUGGCUGGAUUCAAGGUUUUGGAAGUUGGAGAUACCACAAUGGUUCAAGCGAGAAGUGUUCAAAUGCUAAGUACAAUGGAAAUAAGCGUAGUCGCUUUGGGAUGUCUAGUAUUCAUCGGCGCCUGUACUACUGCUAUAUGCAUACUGUGCUUUAGGAAAACACGAAGAAUUCGCCACAAACCAUUUUCCCAACAACGUCUUAACGCUUUUUCAACUGAGCAUUUAACUAAGUAUGGAGGUCUUUUCCCAUCUGGAAACAACCAGUGCCAAGAACUGAAUCAGUCUUAUAGUGAGGCCGAUUCCUAUAUCGAUGUGAUUAACCAAAGUACGUUAAAGAAAACGUGCCCUCAUGGUAACACGGUGGAAGAAUUUGGAAAGGCUCACCAGAAAUGUGUCAAAGGGCAAUUUGCUGAUGUAAAUGCAAAAGAGAAGCACGAGAGGAUCUGUAUCAAAUUCAAUCAGCGACCUCUGCAGAAGGGGAAGGGCCAUGACACGUCGCUAACGUCAGUGCAUUCCAGUGGACAAGACUCCGGCAUUGCGGACGCACGCUGCGACUGCGGCCGAUCUAAUGUUCACACCUCUGAAGAGAGCAGCGGAUGCAGCUACGAAGACUCCCUGAAAUCUAAUCACAAUCAUGACAGAAAACUAUUUCGCCCUGAUAACGGAAAUAAGUUUAUACGACGUGCUUCAUUCAACAACCAACCUUUAGACAUCCGAAGGUACAAUCAUCGUCGACAAAGUUUUUCGGAAAACUUACAAAAGCACUUUCCAACUUUCGAGAGAAUUGGUUCUGGCAACGUAACUAGGCAAAUAUCAUCCACGAAUGUAAGUUCACAACCUUAUUUCUUAAAUUCUAAAAAGAAAUAUAGAAAUGAAGUGGUAAAUGAACCAAUGAUAGAUUAUGAUCACAGUGAAGUUGAUGAUGUUUUUGAUACUAAUCUAGAUAGAAGGUUGAAUUCAAAGAAUAGAAAUAGUAGUAUGAUGGAUUUAAAUCAAGCUGUAUUUGUUGCUACUCCAGCAACUGCUGAAAUAAUAAGAAGGGGAAGUGAAAGGAUUAUGUUUGCAAGACCCUUAUAGCAUAAUA